AUGAGGGAGGAUGAGGGAGGGGGGGAUGAGAGGGAGGAGGGGAGGAUAGGGAGGAUGAGAGGGAGGAUGAGGGAGGAUUUGAGGGAGGAUGAGGGGAGGAUGAGAGGGAGGAUGAGGGAGGGAGUGAGAGGGGAUGAGGGAGGAUGAGGGGGGAGGAGGGAGGAUGAGGGGGGAGGGAGGUGGGGAUGAGAGGAGGAUGAGGGAGGAUGUGGGGAGGUUAGGGAGGAUGAGGGAGGAUGAGAGGGGGGGAUGAGAGGGAGGAUGAGAGGGAGGAUGAGGGAGGAUGAGAGGAGGAGAAUGAGAGGGGGGAUGAGGGAGGAUGAGGGAGGAUGAGAGGGAGGAUGAGGGAGGAUGAGAGGGAGGAUGAGAGGGGGGAUGAGGGAGGAUGAGAGGAGAGAUGAGAGGGGGGAUGAGGGAGGAUGGGGGCAGGAGGAGGGAGGAUGAGAAGGGAGAAUGAGGGAGGAUGAGGGAGGAUGGGGGAGGAUGAGGGAGGAUGGGGUAGGAUGAGAGGGAGGUAAAGAUUGAAAUGUUGUGUACCCCUCUUCUCUUCCCCAUCUCUCCUCCUUUCCCUCUCCAGGCGCGGGGUCUGGAUCUGUCCCGUGUGAGGGCGUGUGUUGUGGUAGCAGAGGAGAGACCCAGGAUGUCUCUAACACACUCCUUCUCCAAGCUGUUUAAAGACCUGGGCCUGCACCCCCGAUCUGUCAGCACAGCAUUCGGCUGUAGGGUCAACCUGGCUAUCUGUCUGCAGGUGUGUGUGUGUGUGUGUGUGGUGUGUGUGUGUGUGUGUGUGUGCGUGUGCGCGUGCGCGUGCGCGAGAGAGAAAUAAUAUGGUCACUCUGUGCUGUGAUUGGUUACAGGGCACCUCCGGACCAGACCCUACUACAGUGUACGUGGACAUGAGAGCUCUGCGACAUGAUAGGUAUGUCUGCCUGUCAAUCACAGCAACAACCAAUCAGAUCAACCAAUUAACUUGCAUAACAGUGUGUAUGUUUGUCUCUCAGGGUGCGGUUGGUGGAGAGAGGUUCUCCUCACAGUCUCCCUCUCAUGGAGUCAGGAAAGGUGGGUCUUGUGUUAUGUUUUAACAUUUAGCAUCAGAAAGCUUCAUGACUGUAGAGUACUAAGACUCAGUAAGACUCAGCUUCUAGAGCUCCUGACUGUCUGGUUCAGUAAGACAGCUUCUAGAGCUCCUGACUGUGUGGUUCAGUAAGACUCAGCUUCUAGAGCUCCUGACUGUGUGGUUCAGUAAGACAGCUUCUAGAGCUCCUGACUGUGUGGUUCAGUAAGACUCAGCUUCUAGAGCUCCUGACUGUGUGGUUCAGUAAGACUCAGCUUCUAGAGCUCCUGACUGUGUGGUUCAGUAAGACUCAGCUUCUAGAGCUCCUGACUGUGUGGUUCAGUAAGACUCAGCUUCUAGAGCUCCUGACUGUGUGGUUCAGUAAGACUCAACAUCUAGAGCUCCUGACUGUGUGGUUCAGUAAGACAGCUUCUAGAGCUCCUGACUGUGUGGUUCAGUAAGACUCAGCUUCUAGAGCUCCUGACUGUGUGGUUCAGUAAGACUCAGCUUCUAGAGCUCCUGACUGUGUGGUUCAGUAAGACAGCUUCUAGAGCUCCUGACUGUGUGGUUCAGUAAGACAGCUUCUAGAGCUCCUGACUGUGUGGUUCAGUAAGACUCAGCUUCUAGAGCUCCUGACUGUGUGGUUCAGUAAGACUCAGCUUCUAGAGCUCCUGACUGUGUGGUUCAGUAAGACUCAGCUUCUAGAGCUCCUGACUGUGUGGUUCAGUAAGACUCAGCUUCUAGAGCUCCUGACUGUGUGGUUCAGUAAGACUCAGCUUCUAGAGCUCCUGACUAUGUGGUUCAGUAAGACUCAGCUUCUAGAGCUCCUGACUAUGUGGUUCAGUAAGACUCAGCUUCUAGAGCUCCUGACUGUGUGGUUCAGUAAGACCCAGCUUCUAGAGCUCCUGACUGUGUGGUUCAGUAAGACUCAGCUUCUAGAGCUCCUGACUGUGUGGUUCAGUAAGACUCAGCUUCUAGAGCUCUGACUGUGUGGUUCAGUAAGACUCAGCUUCUAGAGCUCCUGACUGUGUGGUUCAGUAAGACUCAGCUUCUAGAGCUCCUGACUGUGUGGUUCAGUAAGACUCAACAUCUAGAGCUCCUGACUGUGUGGUUCAGUAAGACAGCUUCUAGAGCUCCUGACUGUGUGGUUCAGUAAGACUCAGCUUCUAGAGCUCCUGACUGUGUGGUUCAGUAAGACUCAGCUUCUAGAGCUCCUGACUGUGUGGUUCAGUAAGACAGCUUCUAGAGCUCCUGACUGUGUGGUUCAGUAAGACUCGCUUCUAGAGCUCCUGACUGUGUGGUUCAGUAAGACUCAGCUUCUAGAGCUCCUGACUGUGUGGUUCAGUAAGACUCAGCUUCUAGAGCUCCUGACUGUGUGGUUCAGUAAGACUCAGCUUCUAGAGCUCCUGACUGUGUGGUUCAGUAAGACUCAGCUUCUAGAGCUCCUGACUGUGUGGUUCAGUAAGACAGCUUCUAGAGCUCCUGACUGUGUGGUUCAGUAAGACAGCUUCUAGAGCUCCUGACUGUGUGGUUCAGUAAGACUCAGCUUCUAGAGCUCCUGACUGUGUGGUUCAGUAAGACUCAGCUUCUAGAGCUCCUGACUGUGUGGUUCAGUAAGACUCAGCUUCUAGAGCUCCUGACUGUGUGGUUCAGUAAGACUCAGCUUCUAGAGUUCCUGACUGUGUGGUUCAGUAAGACAGCUUCUAGAGCUCCUGACUGUGUGGUUCAGUAAGACAGCUUCUAGAGCUUCUGACUGUCUGGUUCAGUAAGACAGCUUCUAGAGCUCCUGACUGUGUGGUUCAGUAAGACUCAGCUUCUAGAGCUCCUGACUGUGUGGUUCAGUAAGACUCAGCUUCUAGAGCUCCUGACUGUGUGGUUCAGUAAGACUCAGCUUCUAGAGCUCCUGACUGUGUGGUUCAGUAAGAAUCAGCUUCUAGAGCUCCUGACUGUGUGGUUCAGUAAGACUCAGCUUCUAGAGCUCCUGACUGUGUGGUUCAGUAAGACUCAGCUUCUAGAGCUCCUGACUGUGUGGUUCAGUAAGAUCAGCUUCUAGAGCUCUGACUGUGUGGUUCAGUAAGACUCAGUUCUAGAGCUCCUGACUGUGUGUGGUUCAGUAAGACUCAGCUUCUAGAGCUCCUGACUGUGUGGUUCAGUAAGACUCAGCUUCUAGAGCUCCUGACUAUGUGGUUCAGUAAGACUCAGCUUCUAGAGCUCCUGACUGUGUGGUUCAGUAAGACAGCUUCUAGAGCUCCUGACUGUGUGGUUCAGUAAGACUCAGCUUCUAGAGCCCCUGACUGUGUGGUUCAGUAAGACUCAGCUUCUAUAGCUCCUGACUGUGUGGUUCAGUAAGACUCAGCUUCUAGAGCUCCUGACUGUGUGGUUCAGUAAGACUCAGCUUCUAGAGCUCCUGACUGUGUGGUUCAGUAAGACUCAGCUUCUAGAGCUCCUGACUGUGUGGUUCAGUAAGACUCAGCUUCUAGAGCUCCUGACUGUGUGGUUCAGUAAGACUCAGCUUCUAGAGCUCCUGACUGUGUGGUUCAGUAAGACUCAGCUUCUAGAGCUCCUGACUGUGUGGUUCAGUAAGACAGCUUCUAGAGCUCCUGACUGUGUGGUUCAGUAAGACUCAGCUUCUAGAGCUCCUGACUGUGUGGUUCAGUAAGACUCAGCUUCUAGAGCUCCUGACUGUGUGGUUCAGUAAGACUCAGCUUCUAGAGCUCCUGACUGUGUGGUUCAGUAAGACAGCUUCUAGAGCUCCUGACUGUGUGGUUCAGUAAGACAGCUUCUAGAGCUCCUGACUGUGUGGUUCAGCUUCACCUCUCUACACAUAGACCAGAAUGGCUCAUAGGCUAUAUGCUGUACAUGGCAUUGUCACGUAACCAUGGUGACUGUUCCAGAUCCUACCUGGUGUCCGCAUCAUCAUCGCCAACCCAGAGACCAAGGGACCACUUGGAGACUCCCACCUAGGAGAGGUCAGCACACACACACACACACACACACAUACACAAACUGAUUGAUUGAUUGAUUGAUUUAAUAAACUUGUUUCAUGAUUUUAUGUUGCCCCAGUAAAGAUUAUUGAAAUUCAAUUAUAAUUCUCUCUCUCUCUCUCUCUCUCUCUCUCUCUCUCUCUCUCUCCUCUCUCUCCUCUCUCUCUCUCUCUCUUCUCUCUCUUCUUUCUCUCUCUCUCUGUCUCUCUCUCUCUCUCUCUUCCUCUCUCUCAUCUCUCUCUCUCUUCUCUCUCUCCUCUCUCUCUCUCUCUAUAGAUCUGGGUGCACAGUGCCCAUAACGGCAGUGGAUAUUACAGUGGUUAUGGAGAGGAUGUCCUUCAGUCUGAUCACUUCACCUCCAGACUCAGCUUCGGAGACACAUCCACCAUCUGGGCUCGCACCGGAUACCUGGGCUUCUUACGACGUACUGAACUCACCGACGCCAGCGGAGGUAUAUACACACACACACACACACAGUCUUGUACAACUAACCUUGUGGGGACACAACAUUCAGUCCCAUUCAAAUCCUAUUUUCCCUAACACAUAAUCCUAAACCUAACCCGUACUCUUACCCUGACCCUAACCUUAACCCUAACCUUAACCGGAAAAACUAACCCUAACCCUAAACCUAACCCUAGCUCCUAAUUCUAACCCUAAAACUAACCCUAGCUGCUAACCCUAACCCUAAACCUAAUUCUAACCCUAACACUAAUUCUAACCUUAACCCUAAACCCCCUAGAAAUAGCAUUUCACCUUGUGGGGACCAACAAAAUGUCACCAGUUGGUCAAAUGUUUGUUCGUUUACUAUUAUUAUUAUAGUUAAACACGCCCACACAAACACACACACACACACAAACAAAAACACACAUAAAAACAUACACAGACACACAUUAUGCGCGCACACACAUACACACACACUCACCCUUUCUCUGUGUUCCCUCCCCAGAGAGACAUGAUGCUCUGUAUGUGGUGGGUGCGUUGGAGGAGGCCAUGGAGCUGAGGGGGAUGAGGUACCAUCCUAUAGACAUAGAGACCUCCGUCAUCAGGACGCACAAGAGCAUCAUGGAGUGGUAUGUCACUGUACACCCAAAACAACAGCUGUUUCUAUCUCUGUUGUUUAUAUAGGUAUAAACACUACAGUUCCAAAUCACUCAUCUCUGUGUGUGUGUGUGUGUGUGUGUGUGUAUGUGUGUGUGUGUGUGUGUGUGUGUGUGUGUGUGUGUGUGUGUGUGUGUGUGUGUGUGUGUGUGUGUGUGUGUGUGUGUGUGUGUGUGUGGUGUGUGUGUGUGUGUGUGUGUGUGUAUGUGUGUGUGUGUGUGUGUGUGUUAUGCGACAGUGCGGUGUUUCCCUGGACUAACCUGCUGGUAGUCGUAGUAGAACUAGAAGGUUCGGAGCAGGAAGCCCUGGACCUGGUUCCCAUGGUGACCAAGGCGGUGCUGGAGGAGCAUUACCUCAUCGUUGGGGUCGUCGUGGUAACGGACAUCGGGGUGAUCCCCAUCAACUCUCGUGGAGAGAAGCAGCGCAUGCACCUCCGAGACGGCUUCCUACAGGACCAGCUAGACCCCAUCUACGUGGCUUAUAACAUGUAA